AUGCUUCGUCAGUUGAGGAUAAAAUAUCUCUUAGGUUUGAUUACAAAUGGUCCUUCUAAUGCACAAUGGGAAAAAAUACGAAAACUUUCACUCGAACAAUAUUUCGAUAUAAUUCUUGUAUCAGGAGAUUUACCAUGGGAAAAACCUGAAAGAGAAAUAUUUCGAAAAGCAUGUCGAUUUUUAAAUGUUAAACCAGAUAGUUGUGUAAUGGUUGGUGACAAAUUGGAAACUGAUAUCCUAGGUGGAAUAGAAGCAGGUUUAGGUAGUACAAUUUGGAUUCCAACAGUGGAUAAACCAUUCUUAUUAAGAGAAGAUCCACAACCAGAUUUUACUAUAAGGCAUGUCACAGAUCUUUUAAGUAUAGUAAAUAGAGGUCCUGAUGCUCCAGAACUUGAAGAUUCGUCUUCAAAUGCAUCUGAUGGUAGUUGAUAAAAAACAUAUUUUUUUUAGGUUUUCUUUAAAAAAUCACAGCUGAUAGAUAUAAAAUUUUUAUAAAACUUGGUAAUUGUUUCUUCAUAACUAAAUAACUAUUAUUAUAGCAUGUAAUAUAUUUUAUUUUAAAAGUAAUUUAAAUUUCUUAUAUACAGCAUGUCCCGUAUACUUCGAUGGAUAAACACAUGAAAAUAAUAAAAAUAAGUUCAUAUAUUCUAUUUGAUUUUGUUUUCAUAUAAUAAAUUUCUUUUUUACGUUUUUAUUUUUUUUUAUCUUUAUUAAAAAUAUUCAAAAUGAUUUUGCAUUAAAAUGUGAGCUAAAUGUUUCAUCAUCAGCUAAUUUUAUCUUCUUUAUUUCUUCAAAUAUUAUUUUUUAAAAGCCUUAAUUUUUUCGUUAAAUUUAUUUCGAUAUUCAACAGAUAUUUUAUAUACAAUAAAUAUCUGAUAUUAAGUUUCAUUUAUAAGUAGUUCAAUUAAUUUUUUGAUAAAAUUAUUUUAAUAUAAAAUAAAUAUAACUCAAAAACAAAGUCAAAUAGAGCAUGUUUGUAUGAAUUUUUUUUUAUUUUCAUAUAUAGAAUAUAUGAAUGUAUAGAAUAUAAAUUAUCUUCUUAAAUUUUAAAAUUUUUUCGAUGUGAUAGAGCACUCUGUAUAAUAUUUUAUUUUAUUUUUACAUUAUUUUUAUCUUAUAUCAGAUUAGUUAUUAUCAAAUCUUAAUAUUAAGAAGAAAGAAUAAUAGAAUAUAAUUCUAUUAAUAGAAAAAAGUGAUACUUACUACAUUAUUAUAUUAUUACUAUUAAGUUUCAAGAAAUUGUCUAAUUUUAAUAUCUUUUUAUAAUUUAGAUUUCUUUUAUUAUUUUUUUUAGAUUGAAAAUGAAUUUUAUAAUAUAUUUACAUGAAAUAAUUAUAUUUCUUAAUAUAGAAUCAAAAAUUAUUAAUUUACAUUUUUAAAUUUAUUUUAAAUUUAUUUUUUCGAUAUUUACUAUUUAAUUAUAUAAAUUUUUAAUUUAUAUAAUAUUAUUUAAAGUCAAACUUUAAAUAACAUUAUAAAUAUAUAAAUUUGUUAUAAGUAAAAACGUAUAUUUACAUUUAAACAUAUAUUAGUAAGAACAAAUAAGAGCAAUAAUUGUUUUAAUUUUGUAACUAAUGUAUCAUAUGCAAUAUAUGCAUUAAAUAUAAUGAUCUUUACAAAUAUUGUAAACGUGUGUAUAUAUAUAUAAAAUGUUUAUAUAUAUAUAUAUAUAUAUAUAUAAAAGUAUAUGUUAUAAUUGAGAUAUAUAUAUAUUUAAUAUGUGAAUAUUGCAAAUGAAUCUAAUUACAUAUAUUGUAAUUAUAUAUGUACAUCUGUAAAAUAUACUUUUUCAUAAUAUAUUUUAUUUUGUUUGAAUAAGGUAAAUAGAAACAAUUAUAUAAAAGAAUCAAGUGAAAAUAUUUAUGUAAUACUUAUUUUUAAUAAUAAAAGAAAAAAUAACUAUAUUUAAA